AUGAUAGACAUUGAGGCUUCCAUCGAAGGAAAAAAAGUUUUUAUGUCCUUCGUUUAUGGCGAUCCGGUUUUCGAACACCGAGGAAAAGUAUGGGAUAGACUGAGCCAACUAAGCAUAACUCGUCAAGGGUCAUGGUUUAUGUGUGGAAAUUUUAAUGAAAUGGUGAGCAACAAUGAGAAACGAGGUGGAAGGAAACAGGCGGAGUCAUCCUUUCUACCUUUCCGAAAUAUGCUAGAUGAUUGUGGUAUGAUAGACUUCCCAUACAAAGGAAACUUCCAAUCUUGGGUUGGUUACAGAAGCUCCGGUAAGGUACAAUGCCGCCUCGACCGUGCAGUCGGCAAUGAAGAAUGGCAUCACUGCUUUCCCACACAUGUGUGGAGUAUCUUAAUCUGUGGGGAUCCGAUCACCGCCCUGUUCUAG